GCGGCGCUGUCGAUGCUUCUGUUGCUAUGACAGCAAAUGUAGUUUGAAUGGGUUUGCAAAGAUAAUAAAUAACAACAACAACAACAACAAUCAUCAUCGUUGGAGACGUUGCCACGGAGAGAGUCUGACCUGUGAGGAUGGAGGACGAUACUCUGAAGUCUUCGAGGACAAGUGAUUCGUCAUAUCCCAAGAACCCCUUCAAGAUGGCAAUCGAUGCAGACAUUUUUGAACUCCGCGAAAAAGAGAGGAUGAUCAAAAACGAAGAGAGGUUGAAACAGAAGAACCUGAAGAUCCACCAGAAGGUCACGUAUGCACACAAGAUCAAAUCCCACAAAAGAAUUACCAUGAAACCAGAUGAGGACCUGGAAGAAGAGGGAGAAGAAGAAGAAAGCAAAUCCGUCAAAGAUGAUUCCCAGUUCACCAUUGCCAUUACGAAAGAUCGAAGAUUUGAAAGAGAAACCAUCGGUGAAUAUAUUUCCAAGAAGAGAGAGAUGUUUCGUGUCCAGUAUGCCAUUGGUGUGAUGCGACACGAGAUGCGGAAGCUGGACGAAAUCGCUCAGGCGGAAGAAAGGAAGCUGGAAAUGGCGGAACAGUAUUUGGAGGAAGAUGCUUCCAUGUUUGAUGAAUUCUUGAAGGAAAAUGAUAAGAGUUCUGUUGAAGCCAUAAAGAUUGCUGAACAGGAAACGAAAGAAAAACUAGAGAAAGUUGCCGAAAUCAAGAAGAUCAAUGCAUCAAUAAUGUCACUAAAAUCUGAAAUAUCAAAAGCUGAAGAUACAUUAAAGGAGUACAAGAUAUACAGGGACUUUCUGGAGAAUCUUGCACCAGUGGAAUGGCAGGAAGAAAUAAAACAAAAACGGAAAGACCGGCGGCAACUGAGACAUAAGAAGUCGAUGCAACGGGACCAAACAAGCAUUGAACAAGAAGAAAGCAAGAUAAAGCGUUUCAGUGAAACGGACAGUCAUACAUCCAGCAACGAAUUUACAGACAGCGACAGUGAUGACGAAGUGGAACUGUACUUCACAACUCCGCAGCAAGUGUUGGACAUUUUCUCUGAACUCGAAGAACAGAAUCUGACUUUGAUCCAGAACACCCAGGAGACGGAGGAGACCCUGGAGGACAUCAAACAGUCGUUCGAAGCCAACCGAAAGAAAAUGGAGAAAGAAACCUGGUCCCUUAAAGACCAAAUUGAAAAGACCAAAGUUAAAAUACAAGAAGAAGAAGAAAUGGCAGCGGAUCUUGAAAUGAAAGUAAAAUUGUUCUCAGCAAGUGGUAACAUGCAGUCGGCUGACCAAAAUUCUAUGCUUGAGGAACUAAACAAGAAGGUUGAAGAAGUCUAUCGAGGUAUUAUCGGAAGUAACGAAGCCAACAUCGAUACCCUACAGAUGCUGACCAACAUUGAGAACCGUCUGGAGGAAUUGUUCGAACUGGAGGAAUCUUUGCCGGCCGACAAAGUGGAGGCGGCCAAACGGAGCAAAGAGAAGGAGAGACGCCUGAAGAUGAGGGAGCAGAAACUCAAACUACAGAAGCUUCAUCAGGAAGAACGCAUGAAGAAGUCUUUGGAACGAGCCAAAGCUGAGCCAAAGAAAAUGUAUGGCAAGAAGCUGAUGCCAAGAUCGGAUCCUCCACGGCUGAAAAAGAAAGAAGAUAAGAAAGUUGAUGAAACAUCUCGAGAAGAGGAGGAACUUGCCUACUUUUUCACUGAAUGAGGAAGGCAUCUCCCUUUUCUGAUGGUGUCCUUUGGCCUUGGAUCAAUUUAAAGUUUACCUUUGUGUCACUGAAGAUUUUAGAGACAGAGAUAGAGAUAGAGAGAGAGGGGGUGGAGAAGGA